UCGUUCGGAGCCGAAGUGUUCGGAAAUGUCUACUGUCACCAGUCGACAUCACCGCUCUUUACCUCUUCACCAGCUAAAGCAGAAAUGGAAGAUCGAACGGCCCUGCUUUUCCCCUCUACCCGACCGACACCUCAUUCAACGCCUCUGUCGAUCAUCGAUUCCAGCGUCGCCAGCUAUUCUCCAUGUUCAGCUCUGUGGCUCUUCGGCAAGUCGGACGAGGGAUGGAGUGCAUCUGCACUGCAGGAAUCCCUCCGAAGGACCCUUGACGUCUAUCCUCAAUUCAGCGGGAAGCUAUACAUCCCACAAUAUGAUGCUGAGGCCGCUGUCAGAGACCAUACCAGACGGUUCGGGCGAAUCCACAUUGCUUGGGGGAACAAAGAUGAUCCAGGCCUACAAUUCACAUUCGCUUCCUCCUCAAAGUCGGCUCAAGAGUAUAUCCCUCUGAUGUCUGGUCAGAGGACUCCGCUUCGUACACCAUGGGACCUUUUUCCCGAUCUCCAGAGCAUACCGAAUCCUCGGAGGGAGGUCAAACCGUGUGUGCUGAUCAAAGUCACACUGUUUGCCGAUGGAAGCCUGGCCGUCGGGAUCGCUCUUCAUCACAGCUUGUCCGACAUCCAAACUUUGUGCACUUUCGUACGCGAUUGGGGAGCCGCGCAUCGGAACCUUACCUUGACGCAACGACCUUUCAACCCGCUCGCAGUGGAUGAUCAUGCACCCUACCUCGAUGAAAUGCAAGAAUCCCCCACGCUUCGAGAUCGCGCGCUGAAGAUCCCUCAGAUUCGAUUGGAUUACUGGGCAGGGGGUCCAUCUCGAGCGAUAAAAUCAGCGACCGCCCCGCAUGAAGCGAUCGACCACCUAGACGAGGCCCAAGGUCGGCCAAGGGGUACACCUAUACCUUGGGACACCUGGGACUCUAAGGCGCCAGUUUCCGAUGCGUAUAUCCAUUUUUCAAGGGAGCAGCUUGAGCUCCUGUGGACACGGGCGAGCGCUGGUCGACGCGUUUCGCGACUUGACGCGCUACUCGCGCAUCUCUGGCGAUUGGUCGUGAAAGCGCGGCAGCUACAAGACGAGGAGAUAGUGCAUUUCGACAUGUCUAUCGGGCUUCGCUCACGCUUAUAUCCACCGCUCGGCGACACAUUCCUCGGAUCUCCACUGAUAAAUAUCUCGUCGUCUGUUGGUGCUGCAGAGCUCAUCGAUCGACCGCUCUCUGACACAGCUGCGUUGAUCCGGCACACCGUUGAAAAGGCGGACAGUGAUUCACUCAAUGCACUACUGCAUCAUCUCGCAUUCGCUCUGGAUCCAGAGCGCGAAUGGAAUGCUUUCCUUGGCAAACAUCACUGUAUGGUAACUUCUUGGCUAAGUACAGGAUCCUGGAACAUUGACUUUGGAGCUGGUCGGCCGCUAGAGGUGUACUCGGGAAUCUCUGCGCUUGAUGGCUUGAUGGUCAUCAUGGAUGAGCCUUGCGACCUUUUCGAUGCCUCACGGAGGUGGUACGAGGAUGGCGUGCGGAUUCGCAUGUGUCUAGCUACAAACGUCAUGGAUAAAUUCCUCGCGGACCCCGAAUUUUCGGGCACGCAUGCAUGAGGACCGUAUAGCGACGUCCAACUCCCCCUUGAUUACGCCCUGAGCCCAUCUAUUCCGCCCUCCACUGGCGGAGCGCUCGCUUGCUCCCUCGCAAGCUUAUACACCCUAACAGCCUCGUCCUCGAGGUACUGCCUGCAUUCCCUUCGACUUUUGUCCACGUUGACGAAGAAGAGUGCAAAUGUCGAGAUGGCGCCGAGACCAAGGAGGAAAGUAAAGGGCAUGUUGACAUUACCCGAGUCCUCGAUGAU